UCUGUGGACAAGAAUUCUGUGCAACAUAAUUGAUCCAUAAGCUCAUGUUAACCAUUCCUCAAAACCCGAAUCCAUGUCAAUUUCCUUACCAAACAACCUUAAAAUCUACUAGAUUUCCAAGCAGGGAAAAAACCAUUCUUCCCAUAAUUUCAAGCACAAAAUAUGAUGAAGACAACCAGAAAAACCAAUCUUCAGCAGGUAGAAUCAAGCGUCUGGUUCUUCCUCAACAAGGCAGAGCAAAAGUCGACCCAAAUCCCGAUAGAGAAUUCUAUGCUUAUCCACGUUUCGUGGCACAUGUUGAUGAUAAAUUUAUAUCGACAUUGACAAAUCUUUAUAGGGAAAGAUUGAGGCCGGAAAUGGAGAUCCUUGAUCUGAUGAGCUCAUGGAUUAGCCAUUUGCCUAAAGAGGUUAAGUACAAGAAAGUUGUAGGGCAUGGACUCAAUGCACAGGAGCUUUCCAAAAAUCCGAGGUUGGAUUAUUUCUUUGUGAAAGAUCUUAAUCAGGAUCAAGAACUUGCACUGGAAAAUGGCAGUUUUGAUGCAGUUUUGUGUACAGUUAGUGUGCAGUAUCUUCAGCAGCCUGAGAAGGUAUUUGCCGAGGUUUUUCGGAUACUAAGACCAGGAGGGGUUUUCAUUGUGAGCUUCAGCAAUAGACUAUUCUAUGAAAAAGCCGUAAGUGCAUGGAGAGAUGGCACUGCUUAUAGUAGAGUACAACUAGUUGUUCAAUAUUUCCAAUGCGUGGAGGGAUUUACGCAGCCUGAAGUAAUUCGCCAGUUAAAUACGGCCGCCACGGCUGACGGUGGUGCUAAAGAGAACAACUCAAUUUUCAGUAGGAUUACGAGAUGGUUGGGAUUGGUGUCAGGAUCAGAUCCUUUUUAUGCAGUGAUAGCCUAUAAGAACUUCAAACCUAUAUAUGAAUGAAGUUGUUGUUACAUUGUGGGGUUAAUCUGUUUGUACAGUACAGGGGCGGUUCACAGAUAAAAUUACAGUUUGCUGAGACGACAGCACCUGUACGACUGUCAUUUUUUGUUUUUAAUAUUAUUAUUUGCAAUCAUUCACUAUUGCAGUCGCCUUAUAUACCAUACACGUGGCGGUUAGUGGUUCGUUGUAUAAGGUAAUAAAAAACUACCACUCUAAUGUAUCAAAUCACUAACCGUCACAUGUAUGUCUCAUAGAACGAUACGACAGUGAGGGAUUGCAAAUAACAUUACUUUUUUUUGACCAAUUGCUGAUGAAAAUUUGACAAGUAUUUUUCGGCACAAAACCCUGUUAAAUCGCUCUGUACACAUAGCAAAACUCUACAUUGUAAUGCAUAUAUUUGUAUUCUUUGUCAA